AUGACAAGCACUCUUGGCUGGACUAAAGACGAAACAGAUAACCUGCUUGAGUUAGAAUACAAGGAAGAGAUCUUUCAAUAUAUGAAGCAAAUGGAGAAAGAGACUAUGGCCGUCCCGGAACACAUGGACCUUCAGCCUGAGCUGACGUGGGAUUUGAGACCACUUCUUGUUGAUUUCUUAAUCGAGAUUCAUAACCACUUUAGUCUCCAGCCCGAGUCAUUAUAUUUAGCCAUGAAUAUGAUGGAUCGUUAUCUCUCGAAACGCGUUGUAUACAAAAAACACUAUCAACUUGUGGGUAUGACCUCACUUUGGAUAAGCAGCAAAUACGAAGAUUCGAAGGAGAGAUUGCCAUCUGUCUCACAGCUAUGCAAACUCUGUAGCAACACAUACGAUGAGGCUGCAUUUAUUACCAUGGAAAGGCAUAUCCUCAAAACACUCGACUAUAGCCUUGGACAUCCAACAGCCGAAGCUUUCUUGAAGAAGGACCUAGAGAUGUCCGGAGAGAAUGAUCAAAGACUGCAACACGUUGCUCAAUUCUUGAUGGAACUUACAAUGUUCCAGCGAUGCUUCCUGUCAUUUGGAUCUUCCACUAUUGCAGCUAGUGCUCUGUUCCUUGCUCGCAGCAUCUGCCGUAAGCAGAUUGUGAUGCCAACCGAUCCCAACGUGGUUGCAUGCAUUCAGCACUUGGACAACAGCCUUACGAAUGUCUCUAAAACUGUACAUGAAAAGUAUUCACGCUCAAGGUUCUCUCAGGCAAGCAUUAUAGUCAAGGAGUGGGUCGACAAUGGUGGAAGGGCGCUCAUCCAACCUAUCUCGACGGAGUGCUCUAAUCCUUUGUGGACCCUCUCCAACAUGUUGUGGCAGCCUCCAUCCCCUAUCCCAACCACGUUCCCAACAACCCAAGUAGGCGCCGGGUGCCAGGCUGAACCACAGCCAGCAUACAGCAAUCCCGGAUAUGCUGCAGCUGUCCAACAAACGUAUCCACAACAAUCACAACAACAACCUAAACAGCAACAAUCUGGCCGGCACCACAGCCAUUCGAUCUCAUCAUGUCAUUCGCAGUACAUGACUGGCCAUCAACAACGUAUAAAUUCUGGAUCAGCGCAUCAUAUGUCCUAUGCAGCAUUACCACAGCAGCCACAGCCAGCGGUUAUCAGUCAUCAGACUACAUAUGAUAUUCGACCAGCAGGGUUAGAUUGCGGAGCAAGAUGGGUGGAUAUCAAUAUGGAGGCAUAG